AAAAUGUACACAGAUCCGCGAGAUGAAACGCACUCGCAAGACCGGUCAGCAGCCGGCUCGUGACUUCUACUGCGCCAUGUGCGAUAUGUACGCAGCCGACGGAGCCAUUCACCGGACCACCGUCGGGCACAGGAAACUCAAGAAGUACCUGCAUCCCACUUGCACGUCCUGCCAUAAGGAAAUGCCAACUAGGAUCGAGCUGGAUGAGCAUAGGCUGACGUCUGAGCAUCUGAAAAACAUGCAAGAUAAGCAGGAGACGGUGUCCAAGCCUAAACCGGAGGUGAUGGUAAUCUCAACUCUGACGAUGGAGCAGUCGUACCUACGCGACGAUCGCCAACGCUGGCGCCGCGGGGACCCGCACCACGACGACAAGGACAAGAAGCAUGCCAACAAGGACCAGGAUAACCAGACCGAAGAUCAGAUCAAAACCGAACCGCAAGAGGGUGAGGAGCCCAAAGAGGGCGAGGAAGUUAAAGUGAAGACCGAGGAGCCUCUCGACUCGCCCGACACCGUGCUGGACUACAACGAGGGCGACGACUUGACUAACAUGACUGCUGACAUGUAUCCGGCUUACAGCACGGAGCGCGGCGUAGGCGCAUCGUUCUUAGCCGAGUUCCGCUGCGUGCAGUGCCGGCUGUGCCGCAAGCUGCUGGACGGCGACGAGACGGCCGCCGUGCACCUUCGCACGUGGCGACACCACCAGCUGUUCCUGCGGCUGCUGCAGGAGAAGAAGGGCGACAAGCAGGCUGAUGCUCAACCCGAAACCGAAGCCGAGGCCGAGGCCGAGUCUACGGAAUCCAACGAGGCUUCGUCCAAGCGCUCGCUGCAGUCGUGCGAGGACGGCAACUGGAAGCGCCGCAAGACCGAGCCCGCGCAAGAGAACGGCCUGCAGGAGCCCGACGUCGCCAUGAAAGAGGAACCUGGCGACGUGGAAAUGCCGCCCGCUGAGGAGUUAGAAGACUGGGGCGCUGCCGGCGACGCCGACCACGACACCUGGGCCGACGACAAGCCGCAAGCCGACGAACCCAUCGAGCCGGCUCCGGCGCCGGUGCCCGCGCCCGCCCCGGCGCCCGUCCCGGCCCCAGCGACGCCCAACGGCCGGGCCCGAGGCUCGCCCCGGGGCAGAGGCCGCGGCAGGGCCCGCGGGCGCGGUCGCUACUAGAGUAAACGCUCGUGUGGACCUUAACGCUCAGUGAUUGUGGCAGUGCAAAACGCGUGACGGGUUGUUUCACUUAUGCCCGUAUUCACCUUCAAUCCCUAAUUUUUAAGUGACCCAUAUGGUAACAAAACAGGUAUGUUUUCAUAGGGGUCACUUAAAAAUUAGGGGUUUUUUUUAUGAUUGAAAGUGAAAACGGGCAUUAUCCUCACAUUAACACUACCUUACUUACUUUAUGGCACAUUGCCCACAAUUCGCAUCGAAGCUCGCAACUGCGAACUGAAUCCCAAUAUGGAUAAGUGGAAUAACCCGACCAGCCAGGCUAAUAUGCGCGCGACGAUGAAAUCUUAUCGUGUAUAAUGUUGCAUUGGACAUCAGCCCUGCAAAUCUACUUGCAAGUUUAUAUUCUGUAUAUCCAUUUUAGAGUACAUACAAAUACAUAUUCUAACAGCUAGAUUAUAACCUCACCCGUUCAUAAUUUUUCGGUGACAAUUAUUGCUACAAUAAGAUUAGAUUGUAUCGUGCUUCUUCCAAAACUGACGUAAGUCUUUAUAUUUUAUAAAUUACUUUGAGCUAAGCCUGGCUGAAUAUUACCGCCAAUAUCGCCCGUAUUUACUGUGCGUUAAGGUUCACAUGUUACGCUUACCAAGCUGCUGUAGUCAGCUGUACGCUUCUGCCCCCCUAUCUCCCUCUACUAGCGGGCAGGGCGACCCAUAGCUAUAAUAUAAGUAACACUUAGCCUAAGCGCAGAACACCGACUUUUAGCUGGCCGAUAGUUGGGUCAUAGCAGUCAAAUUUUCCAUUGUUUUUCGACCUUAAGAGUAGGCGCACACCGUUGAUAUUUCGUCGGCCGACAGUAGUCGGGCAGUUGAUCAGUAUGGGCAUGUAUGGGAGUGCGCACACUACGCCGAUUCGAUUUGGCCGAUUCUUCAUACAAUUUAAAAUCGAGCACAACUAUCGGCCAACUAAAAAUCAACGGUGUGCGCCUACUCUAAGACAAGCGAAUAAGGUGCAAAAUAUGGUGGGAACUAUAUUCCCUCUGACAUAUAAAGGUUUAAUCAGUAUGAAAGUGCGCACAUUGAUAUCGGCCGAUUCUUCAUACAAAUUAGAAUCGGGCCCAACUGUCGGCCGACUAAGUCUAGUCUGCAGGGAGUCUUACAAACUGUUAGUAUAAAGACCUUUUACUAGUAUAGGUAUAAUUCUUAAAUCCUUUUGUAUUUAAACUGUCUGCGAACCAAACCUUGAACGAAAUAUUAUAAUCGGUAUAGGCAGAUGGUAAUUAAUAGAGUAAAAUAACCAGAUAAAUUUUUACUGAUUGUUUAUUUACAAAAAAACUAUGUUAGUGCAGUAGUUGAUACUGCAUUCAGCAUGUGCAUGAUAAUUUUUCUCCGAAAAUGU